AUGGAAAAUGAAUGUGUAAAAAUGGUUUGUAGUACUAGUGAUAUGAAUGAAUGUGAGAGUGGAUGGUUGGUGGGUGGAAUCAGAAAAUUAAAUUCCAAUAAUAAUAUGUAUAAUACUCAUCCAACCAAUUUUGGAUAUCAAAUCUCCACACUCCAACCCCAAAGACCAUUAUCAUCAUCAUCAGACAGAGAGUUGCUAAUGAUGAUGAUGGACUGCUUUGGAUUACCAAAUAAUUUUGAAACAUUUUUGGAAACAUUGGAUGCACCGGAAAGAGAUGCAUACAUUACCAGUUUUAUUAGGCCAUCGGAUGAAAUCUAUCGAUUGAAAAAGGAGCAUUCUGAAUUUUACGAAACCACCCGAGCCAAGGAAGUAAAACAGAUGGAACGGAAUCUCAAACACUCCAUAUCACAAGCAUAUAGCACCAUGUAUGACAAGAGUCGAAGCCGAGUCAUUUAUUUUAUUUGGUAUGCUAGCAACCCACUCGAUCUGUACCGUACGACGUUGGAGACAUCGGUCUAUAUCUAUGAUACAUUUCUUGCCCGAAAGGAACUGCCUCGAGAUAAACUCCAACUAGCGGCCAUCACUGCCAUCUAUUUGGCCAUCAAAUCUGAAGAAACUUUUAUAAACACAACCAUUCAAUCGUUGUGUGACUAUGCUGGCAAUGCCUACACCUGCCAGAAUGUCCUCGAGAUGCAACAAGAUAUCCUUGUCACCAUCGAAUGGAACAUACUUCCUAUAACAUGCUCUCACUUUUUAGAUUAUUUAAUGUUGGGUGCCAUGGAAGCAUCCGACUUUCUAAUCAAUGCCCAUAUGGGUCCAAAUCUCACUUUAUGGAUGUCAAAGUUUGAAAAAACUAUUGGUCAAAUUAGUGAUGUAGUAUUAUUUUGUCCACAAAAUUAUAAAACUAUAAAACCAUCAAUUUUGGCAAGUGCAUCAAUUGCAGCUACCAGAAGAAUAUUAAACAUAUUUCCUGUUUGGAAACCCGGUCUCGCUUGGUUAUCGGGAUACGAAAUGACUGAUUUGAAAUCAGUCUAUGAAAACAUUAUCAUCGAUUACCACAAAAAGGUCUAUGACAUUGACUUGGACGUUGAAUCAUACUUUAACAACGAUCCCUAUCCAGCCAUAUUCCUUAAACAAAUCUUAAAACAAAUGGUUCCACCCUCAAUUCACCAUCAUCAACAAUCCAUUUUAGAUCGUUAA